GCGGCCCGGCUCGUUUUAGAAUUUGGGAUCUUGUUUUAAUGAAAUUUUUAAUAUAGAAUUCUUUAAUUGUAUUAUUUUGCAUUUGAUUCCCGUAUACCUGCCUGAAACAUGAUUAUAUUUUUAAGUGAUCUCCAAAAACAACACUUGCAGUUAUUUCAUGAACAUUCGGUACAAGUUUUAGUUGAUUUCUGUAAAAUAACAAUAGAUUUCCUGAAUAACGGAAUAAGUCACAAAAAGUGCACACUUGCAGCAGAGAAGUUACAAAUAUCAGUUGCUGAUGUACAAAAUGUAAUACAUGCCUUAUCAUACCUCAUCAUAGAAGCCUGCAAACAUAAUUUAUCAGAAUCAAACCUAUCUUCCUCACUAGCUAUAGCAGGCUUUUCAACGGACAAACAACAAGUUUUAGUGAAGUUUUAUAAUACUAAGAAAACUGAAAUUGCUGAUGCAUUGAAAGUACUCCAGCAGAGAGAACCUAGUUAUCAAGACUUACAAUGGAGAUUUGAAGUGCAAGUUGCAUCAAGGGAAAAUGAGAAAGAAAUAAAACCAAUGGUAACAAUGGACUUUGUGCUGUCGACUCCAAAGAGUUUUGGACUAUCUAAUGAAGGCAAUUUCCAAAACAAAUUGUCAGAAAUCGAAAUCAAUAACUCCCUUCAGGAAGCCAAGACGGCCAGCCAGUGUCAGAAUAUUAUUAACCAUGUGAUCUUACAAUGUGACCUGCCUAAUCUCAUGCAUCUCACAAAUACGCUUGAGGUAGCUUUAAAAGAGUCAAAGAGUCAACAUGUAAGAAAAGUACAAAGAGCAUUAUAGCUCAGUUACUAGUAAAAUAUUAUUAUUUAUUAACCCCAUAAGAAAUGGAAAGAUAUGCACUGUAUAUGUUGUUGGCUGUUGGUAUAGCUAAGAAUGUUUUAUUCUUGUUUGAUACGCUAGAAUAGUCACUUGACAAUGACAAAACAUUCUAUUACUAUAAGUCUUUUCUCCGUUUACACUUUACACAGUGUGCAUUUUUUUUUUUUGUAAGGGGGUAAGAGUAUUGUAAUCCUGUAAGUUUUGUAUGUAAAUAUUGUGUAUAAUAUUAUGGUUUGUAUUUUAA